CAACAAACCUCGCGGCUCUUGCCAUUACUACACUUCUCCGUCUGUCUCUCUCUCUCUCUCGGUCCCUCUGUCUCUGUCUCCGUAAUCUCUCUCGACUCUUCUCUCCGUGAUUUACCUCUUUUAUCCUUGAUUCCCAAUACCUUUUUUUUUUUUUUUUUUAAGAGGGGAGGUUUUUUUUUUUUUUUUUGCCGUUUUGUGGGGGUGCUGACGUGGCAUGUACCCGAAACGGCAGCAUGAAUACCAAAACGAUGCGCCUCCCGCCCCGUCGCGUUCUGACGCCCAAUGCCUUAGAUAGAAAGCGCAAAGAGAGAGACGGAUUCGACGAAUUCAAGCCUUCGACAACGACGACGAAUAAAUUGUUCAAGCCGGACGCGCCUGAGGAAGAGCCGAUCUCGUUUAAUCGAAAUCGAUUACUGGCCGGGUACCUGGCCCACGAAUACCUCACGCGAGGUACGCUGUUGGGUCGGCCGUGGGAUCCGGUUCAAGACGAGGCCGUUCCGGUGUCGAACGGAGGGACUUCGAACGAGAACGGCGAAGACGAGGAGCGGCCACGACGAGGACGACGACAGGUGGAAGAUUACGAGAGAUACGUGGAAGUAGUGAAUUUGCUCAAGACGGAUGGCGCCCACGUGCCGGGCAUUGUGAACCCCACCCAACUCGCUUCCUUCUUACAGCUGUGAUCACGUGGAAGGAUUCCAUUGGUAAAAAUCUGAUCCAAUUUUUGUUUAAUUCACUUCUCUUUUUUUCAUUUCUUUCGGCAAAAUGUAAAGAAUGAAUGAAUUAGUUGGUUACCUUGCUUAAAAUUUAUAUAGAUUUUGUUCAUGUGUUCAAUAAUAUGCACGAGGCAUGCACGCAUCCAUGCGAAUAUGACCCUA